CUCCCACCCUGCCAGCUGACUUAAUUUGCCUGACGUCUUGUUGGCCCUUCCCUGUCCGUGCCCACACCCCCCUCCCCAGAGUGGGGCCAGGCCAGGCCAGCUCUUCUGGCAGCAGAGCCGGGGCAGGUGACGGCUGGCGUUGCAGUUGAGGGAGUGAGGAGGCGCCUGGGAACCGGAGCUGGAAACCUGGGAGCGGUCCAGUCAGAGCCCAAGUAAGGGGGAGCUGGCGGGCUCUGCCUCUGGGCCUGGGGCUGCGGGGAAGGCAGGCAGGGCUGGGCUGGCUGCACAGGACUCCAAACACGAGGGGCUCCUGGGGGAGGUGGUGUAGGCCACCUGUCAGUUCCCUAUUUCUUGGAGUGGGCUCCAGCCCUCCUGAGAGUCUGGUGUGGGGAGCGAGGUAGAGGGAUCCCCUAUACUUACCGCAUGUUCCCGGCAGGAGCCGGAGCUACCUCUCGACCUGUCAGCCAUGGGGGAGAUGGAGCAGCUGCGGCAGGAAGCGGAACAGCUCAAGAAGCAGAUUGCAGAUGCCAGGAAGGCCUGUGCUGACACCACUCUGGCAGAGCUUGCGUCUGGCCUAGAAGUCGUGGGACGAGUCCAGAUGCGGACGAGACGGACGCUCAGGGGACACCUGGCCAAGAUUUAUGCCAUGCACUGGGCCACGGACUCCAAGUUGCUAGUAAGUGCCUCGCAAGAUGGGAAGCUGAUCGUGUGGGACACCUACACCACCAAUAAGGUACACGCCAUCCCUCUGCGCUCCUCCUGGGUCAUGACCUGUGCCUACGCCCCAUCAGGGAACUUUGUGGCAUGUGGGGGGCUGGACAACAUGUGUUCCAUCUACAGCCUCAAGUCCCGUGAGGGCAAUGUCAAGGUCAGCCGGGAGCUCUCUGGUCACACAGGUUAUCUCUCCUGCUGCCGCUUUCUGGACGACAACAACAUUGUGACCAGCUCAGGGGACACCACGUGUACUCUGUGGGAUAUUGAGACCGGGCAGCAGAAGACUGUGUUUGUGGGACACACAGGGGACUGCAUGAGCCUGGCUGUGUCUCCCGACUUCAAACUCUUCAUUUCGGGGGCCUGCGAUGCCAGCGCCAAGCUCUGGGACGUGCGGGAGGGGACUUGCCGGCAGACGUUCACGGGCCAUGAGUCGGACAUCAACGCGAUCUGUUUCUUCCCCAGUGGAGAGGCCAUCUGCACAGGCUCAGACGACGCCUCCUGCCGCCUGUUUGACCUGCGGGCAGACCAGGAGCUGACUGUCUACUCCCACGAGAGCAUCAUCUGCGGCAUCACCUCCGUGGCCUUCUCCCUCAGCGGCCGCCUGCUCUUCGCAGGCUACGACGACUUCAACUGCAACGUCUGGGACUCCAUGAAGGGCGAGCGUGUGGGCGUCCUCUCUGGCCACGACAACAGGGUCAGCUGCCUGGGGGUCACAGCUGAUGGGAUGGCGGUGGCCACUGGCUCCUGGGACAGCUUCCUCAAAAUCUGGAACUGAGAAGGCUGGAGGAGGGGAGGUAAAAGGCCAUGAAGACACUCAGCUGCCCCUUCCCCUGCCCAAUUUCUUGAAGGUUCCUUAAAGGCUUUCUCUUCUAUACCCCAGCUGCCACUCCCACAAGCUUUCUCCUUUGAGGCCCAUGGGGAACACAGGGUGUGCCUCUGGGAGACAGCAUCAGGGCUGGGCAGAGAACCGCCCCUUCUCCUCCCAUGGCCUCUCCUCUCUGUGGUCCUGAUAGUUUCUCCCUUAAUAAGUAAGGACAACGGACCCCUCCCCAGCCCUUGGCAGCCCAGCAGGUUUCAGUAUAGGCUCCAGGCCCUAGGAUUCCUCCUCCAGAGCUACUACCUUUGUCCAGGGUAAAGACCUGGGUGGUCAGGGUGCUCGGCCCCGUGACUAUGGCUCUGGCACCACCAGGGUCCUGGCUCCCUUCUCCUUCAUGUUUUCCCCUUUUUCUACCUUCUUCUUUUUUUUUUCUCCCCUCUCCAAAGUACCUGCAAUAAAGUAUAGCAGCUGGUAUAUCUGUGA